AUGGCCAAGCAGACGUUACAGCUGUUUCAACCAGAGGCCCUGUCCACCAACAUGGACGAGACAUACAGCACCCUGUCUCAACAUGUCAACGACUACUUCGGGAGUAGUAGUAGUCUAUCAACAGGAGAUGACAAGAAGCCUCACCAUCUAAAUGACCAUGCUCAAGCAUCCACGUCCUCCAAGCCUGCUCUCAAUCAACGCUACCGGAGUACUAAGAGGGGGGACCACAUCCCCGGUUCAGUACCUGUGGCAGCUGAGACCAAGGCUAUCCAGGGCGAGGCUGCUACCCCACCACCGACUCCUCCCCUGGAGGAGGUUAGCCCAACCUCGGGGGUUCCCACCCGAGAGAGCCCUGCCACAGACAGUACUUCCUCUGACCCAGUCACCCAUACCUCCACUCCUACCCCCACCCUAACACCCUCUAAAAAAGGGGGGUUUGGGCGGUAUCUGUCCGACCCUCGCCCCAAUGUUCAGGCAUUCUUUGGCAGCUACAUAGCACCCUUGGUACCUAGUAAGUUCAGAGCUGACCCCAAGAGCGUCACAGCAGCAGUUAAAGAGAAGACCUCUGAGAAGACCAUGGAGGAGGCUAGACUGAGGAGGAGAAGAACGCUGAAGAGGGGGGCCAAGAAACUACUGCUGAGCCAGAGAGAGAAGAUCAUAGCCCGGGUGAGUAUGGACAACAGGACCAGAGCCUUGGUGCAGGGCAUCCAGAAAGCCACAGACAUGAAUAUCCACACCAGCCGUGUGGAGGAGCUUAGCCUACAUCUACUGGAGUACCCUGAGACACGCGGCGUGGCCGUCAAGGAGAGGGUGAUCCCGUGCCUGUUGCGUCUGAGGCAGACCAGAGACCCCAGGCUCCAGGCUGCAGUGAGAGAGGCCCUGGCCCUGGUGGGAUACACAGACCCUGUGAAGGGCCAGGGUAUACGGAUCCUGGCCAUCGAUGGAGGGGGGACCAGGGGACUGGUAGCCCUGCAGACCCUACACAAACUGCAGACCCUGACGGGCAAACCCAUCUACCAGUUGUUUGACUACAUCUGUGGGGUCAGCACAGGUGCGAUCCUGGCCUUCAUGUUGGGGGUGUUCCAGAUUCCUCUGGAUGAUUGUGAGGAACUCUACAGGAAGCUGGGUUCUGAUGUGUUCAAACAGAACGUCAUCGUGGGAACCGUCAAGAUGGGCUGGAGCCACGCCUUCUACGACAGCCAGAUCUGGGAGAACAUCCUCAAGGAGAGAAUGGGAGAAGGCCUCAUGGUCGAGACAGCCCGGGAUCCAAAAUGCCCAAAGGUGUCAGCAGUGAGCACCAUAGUGAACAGGGGUCUACCUCUGAAGGCCUAUGUGUUCAGGAACUACAGCCUGCUACCAGGGGUCAGGUCCCACUACAUAGGAGACUGUAAACACAAGAUGUGGCAGGCCAUCAGAGCCUCCUCUGCCGCCCCAGGGUACUUCCAGGAGUAUACACUGGGAAAAGACCUGCACCAGGAUGGUGGUCUCCUCAUCAACAACCCCACAGCGUUGGCCAUCCAUGAGUGUAAGCUGCUGUGGCCCAACACCCCAGUGCAGUGUGUUGUCCUGGGUGCGGGUCGCUAUGAGACCGUCAACAAGAACAACACCACCUCCACCAGUCUCAAAGCCAAGAUCACCAACGUCAUCAGCAGUGCUACAGACACAGAGGAGGUCCACAUCAUGCUGGACGCCCUCCUUCCACCCAACACCUACUUCCGUUUCAACCCCUACAUGAGCGAGGACAUCCCAUUGGACGAGAGCCCGGAGAGGCUCACCUUCCUGCAGGAGGAAGGAACUCGCUACCUGGAGAGGAACGAAGCCAAGCUGAACAAGGCAGCGUCGGUGCUGGCUCUGGAGAAGAGCGCCAUCCAGAGGCUGGCUGAAUGGUGCAAACUGAAGGCCGACAUGUACGAGGGCUUGCCCUUAAUCUCCAAACUGUAGGGGACGUCUAGAGGUGAAAGGUCAGACAGGCUGAGAGACACUAAUUUAGACUGAUUAUGAAGAUAAUAUAGGAGCUGUAAAGGUCUGACAUGUACGAGGGCUUGCCCUUCAUCCCCAAACUAUUGGAAGAGACCUGCAGAGGUUAAAGUUCAAAAAGGCACUGCAGGCGGUAGCUGCUGAGAAACUCAUUUCCACUUGAAAAUAAACAUAAUGUGCUUUGAUAUGACUCCAUCAGUGGAGGCUGGUGGAAGAAGCUAUAGGAGGAAAGGCUCAUUGUAAUGGUUGGAAUGGAAUAAAUGGAACCGAGUUAAAUGUGGUUUCCAUAUGUUUGAUUCCGUUCCAUUUUUUCAUUCCAGCCAUUACAAUGAGCCUGUCCUCCUAUAGCUCCUCCCACCAGCCUCCUCUGGACUCCAUAUCUGCUUGAUGUAGAUCAUGUGAUAUGACUGCGGUCCAUUUGAAUUUCUGCAGCUCAGGCAGGAUGUUGUUGCCUUUGAGCUGUGAGAGGUGGUACAGAAGGAUCUGUUGUAGUGUUUAUGAAAGGGGUUUGGCUGGUAGGGGUUUGGCUGGUAGGGGUUUGGCUGGUAGGGCUGAAGGAAUCAACCUUUUGACUGCUCCUAAAUAAAGCACCACUGUGCACCACUGUGAUGAGAACAUAGGCUGUUUACACAGGCAGCCCAAUUCUAAUAUUUUGCCCCCCCUAAAAAUCAGAUCAAAUCUUUUGCCAAUAAUUGGGCUAAAUACCUGAAUUGGGCUGCCUGUGUAAACAGCCAUAAUGGUGUGAAUGGUAGACAGGCACAGCCAUUUACUGUUUUGAUUUAAGAGUGCAGGUUUUGCAGGGAAGGUGUUUUUGACAACUACUGACUUAACAUGUACUGCUAUGUCAGAUAUCCAGGGUCUGUUAUUAGCAACUCAUUCUUGUAAUUACUGUAAAUAUGAAUGUAAGUAACUGACAUUGGUGUCACCUCAUUCCCAUGUUCAGUAACUUUAAAUGCUUCAAACUUGAACUAGGCAUGUGAAGUAGAAUGGAAUAAAACAUGUAAUUAUGCCUUUUUUCACAGAUUAAUGAAAUCAUGCACUUUGUAAAUUGUCACAUUGUUCUUAUCUUAAGAGCUCUGUAAGGGAUCAAAUGUAAAUGGUUUGAUAUGUGGUUUUGAAUAAUAUUUCAUUGAAGAGUUCAUGGUAUUAGCUUUAUAAUGAAUCAGAACCACCUAAUUCCUUUCUCCUGCAGCGGCCCUGUAGGUGGACUGUGUAAGAAUGAAAAUGUCAUUGAAACAGG